AACGUGCAAUCAGCCAGAUAAAGGUCUGUUUGCUUUCCCUACCAUGUGUCAGUCAUCAGUGACACGGGAAGGACCACUGUGGCCAGUGUUGCGGAGAGGGUGGGAAGGCUGUGUUGCCGUUGUUGCUGCUGUUGUCGUUGGAAUAUUGAAAUGGUUGUGGAAAGAAAAUCUAAAUAUGUGUUGGGACCGGCUGUAGUGGAGAAGAUUGAAGUGGAGGAAGACAAUGUGGCGGACAGCCCCAGACAGUGGAGGAACUUGGUGGGCUUCUGGUUUUUGGGUCUCACCAACAACUUCGCCUACGUUGUGAUGCUGAGUGCUGCCCAUGACAUCCUCGCUACAGAGGAAGAAGGAGGUGGGAACAGCACACUUGUCACGACACUGGCGCCAGAAAAUGGCACCACACCUCCCUCAGUGAAUGGAAGCAACAAUACGGACACGUUCCUGGAAUGUAACAAGAUCAGCACUGGUGCAAUCCUAUUGGCAGAUAUAUUACCGACCCUGGUUAUUAAACUAACAGCUCCCUUCUAUUUACAAAAGAUUGGAUAUAGGGUGAAGGUGAUUCUUGUGGUGGCAUUUGCUCUGGCCAGCUUCCUCCUGGUGGCGCUGUCCAAACAGAUUUGGCUCAGCAUUCUAGGUGUGGUGUGUGCCAGCAUCAGCGGCGGUCUGGGUGAGAUCACCUACCUCAGUCUCUCCACCUUCUUCCACUGCGAUGUGGUGUCUGCCUGGUCGUCUGGAACUGGAGGUGCCGGGGUGUUUGGUGCACUGGCGUACGCUGGCUUCACCCAAGUGGUGAGUCCGCGAACCACCGUCCUCAUCCUCACAGUGGUGCCUGUCAUCAUGUUCAUCAGGUCAGUCCAAGUCUGUCAUCAGGUCAGUCCAAGUCUGUCAUCAGGUCAGUCCAAGUCUGUCAUCAAGUCAGUCCGAGUCUGUCAUCAUGUUCAUCAGGUCAUUCCAAGUCUGUCAUCAUGUUCAUCAGGUCAGUCCAAGUCUGUCAUCAUGUUCAUCAGGUCAGUCCAAGUCUGUCAUCAUGUUCAUCAGGUCAGUCCAAGUCUGUCAUCAGGUCAGUCCAAGUCUGUCAUCAGGUCAGUCCAAGUCUGUCAUCGUGUUCAUCAGGUCAGUCCAAGUCUGUCAUCACUUUCAUCAGGUCAGUCCAAGUCUGUCAUCAGGUCAGUCCAAGUCUGUCAUCAUGUUCAUCAGGUCAGUCCAAGUCUGUCAUCAGGUCAGUCCAAGUCUGUCAUCAUGUUCAUUAGGUCAGUCCAAGUCUGUCAUCAGGUCAGUCCAAGUCUGUCAUCACGUUCAUCAGGUCAGUCCAAGUCUGUCAUCACGUUCAUCAGGUCAGUCCAAGUCCGUCAUCAGGUCAGUCCAAGUCUGUCAUCAGGUCAUUCCAAGUCUGUCAUCAUGUUCAUCAGUUACUUCCUCGUUCUCAAGAAGCCGACGCCCAAUGAUACCCCCGCUCUAGAAACCAGCACAGAACAGCUGAUUACCACACAACCAGUGAUCAGUUUGAAGGGUAAAGCAGCGCUUGUCAUUCCUCUGUUGAAGUACAUGAUACCCUUGUCGCUUGUCUACUUCGCUGAAUAUUUCAUCAACCAGGGCCUGCAUGAACUGCUGUACUUCAACAAUAUCUGGCUGAGCAAGUCCGAGCAGUACCGCUGGUACCAAGUGGACUACCAGAUAGGGGUGUUCAUAUCACGCUCCUCCGUCAACUGCUUCGAGAUACGGAAGCUGUGGAUACUGCCUAUACUACAGUUUGGCAACCUUGCUGUGUUGCUGACCCAGAUCUUCUACCGAUACAUCCCCAACAUCUGGAUCAUCAUCGCCAUCGUGUUCUUCGAGGGUUUACUGGGUGGCGGAGCCUACGUCAACACCUUCUACAGGAUACGGAAAGAGAUUGCCCCUGAGGUCCGAGAGUUCAGUUUGGGCGUGGCCACAGUAGGGGAUGCUGUGGGUAUUGCCGUCGCGGGUGCUGCUGCCAUCCCCAGUCAUAACAGACUGUGUGACCUGAACCUGAGGAUGUGAUGGAGCGGCAGCAGUAACAGCAGACGACAUCGUCAUAUCCCUAGCAGCAUCAGUGUGUGUGAUCUGAAGCUGACAAUGUGAUACAGCAGCAGCAGAGGCAGCUGACAUCAGCGUCACAUUCUAACGCCACUUUUAGCAGUUUUCCAGUUAUAUAAGUGUCUCUGUGAUCUGAAGCUGAGGAUGUGAUACAACACCAACAACAGCAACAGCAACAGCAGCAGACGACAUCGUCAUAUCCCCAGCAACAUCAUUCUGUGUGAUCUCAAGGUGAAGAUACGAUACAGCAGCAGCAACAGCAGUCUACACCAUCACAUUUCCACCAACAUCAUCGUUUGUGGUCUGAAACUGAGGAUGUGAUGGGGCGGCAGCAGCAACAACAGAUAACAUCAUCACGUCCCCAGCAACAUCAUCGUAUGUGGUCUGAAACUGAGGAUGUGAUGGAGCGGCAGCAGCAACAACAGAUGACAUCAUCGCGUCCCCAGCAACAUCAUCGUGUGUGGUCUGAAACUGGGGAUAUGAUGGAGCGGCAGCAGCAACAACAGAUGACAUCAUCGCGUCCCCAGCAACAUCAUCGUGUGUGGUCUGAAACUGGGGAUGUGAUGGAGCGGCAGCAGCAACAACAGAUGACAUCAUCACAUCCCCAGCAACAUCAUCGUGUGUGGUCUGAAACUGAGGAUGUAAGAUGCAUCAGCAAUGUCAAUACUUUCUGUUUCUGAUUAUGAGUGUGUUUAUAGUUAAUGAAGCAUUGUCGGCAUAACACUGGUGUAAACUUGUCUGAGGAAUAUGUGUAAACAGUUAUCUACACAUUUGUAAUGUCGGGAAUGUGUCCAUCACCAGUCAGUUAUGCUAGACUGUGCAUGGACUUUUACUGUGAAAUCAGUGAACAAAAAUCAAAACAAUUUUAAAAUUACCCUCCCUAAAUAUUGGCCAAGAGAAGGUUUUUAAUACACUUUGAUAUUCCUUGCUUAGGAAUUCUUUCCAGAACAAGGCUCUUAAUCAUGUUAAUAGUGUCAGCAUUAAAAAUCUCAGACUGUGUACAUUGUUUUCAAAUAUUACAAAUAUUACAUACCUUCAAUAGUGUAUAUGUGAUGUCCUUGCUCUCUUCGUACUUACUGGUAUUUUUUAGGAAAAAUAUGAUAAUACACCUUAUGUUCACGUGUCUAUUUUCAUAAUGAAUGGUCUUAUUUUGCAUCACAGAUGUAUUUUAGAAGUCUUCUUUAAUUUCUGUUUGAGAAGUAUUAAUUUUUGUUUAUGAUGAUCUCAGAGUAAUUACAUUUUGAUAUAGUGUUUGUAUAUGCAAUUUGUAUAUUUGAGCUAAGGCUCUGGUCCAAUAGGUGUUAUAAGGGUAUUGUGCAGUACAAUUAUAUCCCCUUAUAGCUAAAAUGGAUAGAAUUGUCAUAAAAAUGCCUGCAUGUUAACAGAAAUCUGCAGGCCACUGUAAACCUUAUAGGAGCCCCCAUCUCCUGGGGCUGCCAUCUAUUCAUCAUCAUCAUUUUCAGUACAUCCAAAACCUCUGACCCAUCCCACCCUGUCAUGACCAGUCCCUUAUCAUACAGUUUAAUGAAGAAGUUGUUGCCCAUGAAUUGUCCACUUUGUCAUCCAUCAUUGUCUAAAAAGUGCCUAAUAAACAACAGUUCUUCAGCUAUA